AUGCAGGUAUCUCGCGCAUAUGAUGACACGCAGUCACUAACCGAAAGCGUGACCGACUAUCCUAUUGAGAAUGGAAGACGGUAUCACAGGUACCACGAGGGAGCUUAUGUCUAUCCCAACGAUGAGCAAGAGCUAGAUCGGCUAGACAUGCAGCAUCACAUGUUCAAGAUGGCCAUGGAUGGAAAACUGUUCCAUGUUCCACUCCAAGAUCCCAAAAAGAUCCUCGACAUUGGCACCGGCUCAGGGAUAUGGCCAAUCGAGAUGGCGGCUUUGUUUCCAAAUGCCGAAAUCACAGGGACAGAUCUGUCGCCCGUGCAGCCCACAGAGGUACCACCAAACGUGCACUUCCUCGUAGACGAUGCUACAGAGGAGGAGUGGCUCUGGAACGCCAGCCAUUUUGACUUCAUCCAUAUCGGCCACAUGACAGGCGCCAUGCCGUCAUUCAAGCGCAUUUUACGGCAGGCAUACAAACACCUCAAGCCGGGCGCUUCGUUGGAAUGUCACGAGCUGGACCCGAAACCUCAAUGUGACGAUAACACCAUGCCACCCGAAAACCCUGAUGGUGGCUUCAGCGCAUUUGCGUUGCACGACUGGGUAGAUAUGAGCUCGCGUUCGGGCCGAGAUUCGGACCCAGCACGGCAAUUCCGCAUUGCACACCGAAUCGAUCGGUGGAUGAAAGAGAUCGGCUUUGUGGAUGUCGAACAGCGUGUCGUCAAGAUACCAACAAAUACCUGGCCACAGGAUGAAAAGUUGAAGACGCUCGGUGCGUGGAAUGAGAGAAAUUGGCUGGAAGCCUUGUCGGGGUGGUCAUACAAACCCUUCCUUGCUCUUGGCUGGUCCAAACCGGAGAUCGAGGUCUUCCUGGUCGAUGUUAGGAAGAGUAUACAGGAUCGGAAUGUCCAUGCCUACAUGAAUUACUAUGUUGUCACAGGGAGAAAACGCCUUGAUGGGGAAGUCAUCCGCCAAGAAAAAGUUUUGGUUCGGAGUGCAUGCGACAAGCCCAAACGCAAUUGGCUUCCCCAUACCACAGCAGAGCUCAUGCCUUUCGGUAGACAUGCCUACCGGCAUGCAUUGAAACCACCUGCAGCACCGACUCUCGACCACCUGUGGAUCAGCGAUGACCUACUCGCAUCCACGUUCCGUCGGUUCGCGAACGGCCAGCGGCGUCAUGGGAGCUGUGUCCCCGGACCUCUCGAGGCACGAAGACGUCUUGCAAAAAGACGGAAUACUGCUCUAGCUGGAUUUGGGGCAAAUCCCGCCGAGGAUAUCUCGUGUCUGUUUGGGAGAUAUGGACGGGAACAUAUGAAGUGGACGGAUCAUCCGUGGCAGAGGGCUCAGUUUGAGACUCAGGGCUUGGCCGAUCGUUCUCUAGGCUCUGAUACUCCAUUUCCUUUCUCUGAUCAAAAUCCCGUGAUCGAACCUAGCGAAUUACCUGUUCCCAAUAUUCCUUCGGACCACGUCAAAGCAAAUCAUGGAACUAUGGAGGAGGUACUAGAGGAAUUCUUAAGUGGCAGCAACUGGGGAAUUGAUGAUGCCCGAGAUCUUACUCGUCGAUUGAGGAUUGAUCUUCAACGGGAACCACAAUACAGUCGACAGAUAUUCGAACGGUUACUAGCGCGUUCGGACCCGAACCUCACAGAAGCAAUUGCCUUCCUCGACGAUCCGUUUUUGAAUACCCGGGGCUCUGGGAAUUAUGUUGCGGCAGUCGAAUUCUUUGUCCGGGGGCAAGAAAAGGUCGCAAGGCGAACCGCCAUCCUAAAUGCGAUCAACCGUGCGCUGGAAUUGGGUUUGAUAUCGACCGAUGAGAUAUGCAUAAUCAUCGCUGCUCUGCCAAAAAUCGCGAUUGCACGGAAUCUGACUUUGGCAUCGGGGGACCAGAACAAGUUAUUGAAGCAUUACCAGGCUAUGUGGAAAGCUAUCGGGUCUUGCAAUAUCCUCGGAUAUCAUGACCUGGACAAAACAAUUGUCGAUACUUGGCUUGGCGAGCUUCUCAGUAUCCGCGGCUUCGAAUUUGCCGAAGAAGUCAUUAUUGAAACGCAUGAUGCAGGCUCUCGCACUCAGUGGCCUUCCCUUCUGGUUAAAACUUGGCUGGAAGCUAUGGGAGAGGCUGAAUCGAACAUUGAUCUGCCCUAUCCCGACAAAAUCUUUACUCAAGUGGAUGUGGAUUGUGCAGCGGACACUGUCAUUCGUGUGACCGAGUCAUUAUUAUCUUCUCCAGCAAAUAGGACCUCCAGAAACCGCAUGAUCCAACGGUGGAAAGAUUGCCUUUCGAGAAUUACAGCUGUGUGGACUGUCGCAGAGUCACAUGCCUGGUUCGAUUUCCCUCUUCCAUUGGUUCAAACAUCGCAGGAACAGACUCCUCUGAACCUUUCAACACAACGUCAGAUCGUCUUGCGACUCUGGCUUUUGCGCAAUAUCAGCCGAUCUAUGGGACCGAUGUACAGCAAAGUUUCCCGCACAACAGAUCGACCAAUCUCCUCGUUACUCAAUGUCUUCGAACUCGUGGCCCAAACCACUGACGGGUCCUUCUUCACAGACUUGAUGCGGGAAAUCCAUGCUCUCGAUCUUCCAUGCAACAGUCUCUUGCCGCUAGCUCUCAACACAAAGGGCAAAAAUGCCAUCACCAAAACCACCCGCGAUACUCUGUGGCGAUUGGAGACCGCCCAGAUCUCCCUAGCCGAAGUAUGGACGAACCCGGCCAUCUACAAGGGCGUCCAACAACUAUUCCAUGGCUCAUUUGAAGAAAUGUUCCACCGCAUGAAUCUCACCAGCCCAGCAACGGUGGAUGAAUUCGUGCAUGUGGCUAGAACAGGAAAUUCAGACUGCAUCUGGUCUGUCCUUAGAAUAAUAAACAACAACACCGCAUUCAAGCUUUCUCUCACCAAAGCUUGGAUCCCUAUUCCACACCCGGACGAGAAAGUCGUCGUCCGCUACCACCCGCCUCAGACCAAAUACCCCGAGCCCCACGCUGCAGUUGACCUAAUUAACAAAUUAGCAAUUGCAAUCUCCUGCUGCGAAUCAUUGUCUCCGUGCCAGGCCUUCCACAUGGUACAUUGGCUUUAUGACUUCCUCCGCAGGCAUAGUGGCCCCGUCGAUCCAGAGUUUUGCCGGGCCCUGUAUCAUGCUGGUGUGACUCGGUACCGUCGAGAUACUGGUCACGUUUCGGCUACUCGGUAUGAGUAUAUCUUGUGGAUCAUCAGCAAGUUCGAAGGACCCGAGAUUGCCAAGCAGCUCAGUUCCUAUGGUGCCAUUAGGGAGUCGAUGGCCUUUGAUGAUGAUGAUUUUUGA